AUGGUCAAAGUCGGCGACCCGAUCCCCAACAUCGACCUCGUCGAGGACUCUCCCGGCAACAAGGUCAACCUGUCCAAGGAGCUGAGUUCCGGUAAAGGAGUCGUCAUCGGCGUCCCUGCUGCGUUCUCGCCCGCAUGCUCCGACACUCAUAUCCCGGGCUACAUUGCCAGUGACAAGCUCAAGAGUGCAGGAAAGGUCUUUGUGGUCUCGGUCAACGACCCUUUCGUCAUGAAAGCUUGGUCAAAGACUCUCGACGAGUCGAAGAGCAGUGGCAUCCGCUUCCUCGCCGACCCGGCCGGCGAGUUCACUCGAGCUUGGGACGUCGAGUUUGAUGCUUCGGGCCUCUUAGGCAACAAGCGAAGCAAGCGUUAUGCCGUGGUCACCGAGGACGGGAAGGUGGUCAAGGUGGCUGUCGAGCCCGACAACACUGGCGUCACGGUGUCCGCCGCGGACAAGGUGUUGUAG